GGAAAAUAUUUGUUCGGAUCCGUAUUUUAUCAGAAACGUGUUUAAUCAACCGUAUUUAAUCGAAAAAAAAAAUAUUAAAAAAUGAUAAAAAUGUUGUUAUCAUUAAUAAUUUUAAAAUACCAGUGACCCGAAUAAUUGUGCGAUAUACACAAUAUAUGCCUACCAUCAUAACUUCAAUUGUCAUACAUCGUUAUCAAAUUAAUUUUCGAUAAAAUACGUUUCCGACAAAAUAUGUUUCCGAGCAAAUAUUUUCCAACAAAAUAUAACUCCUAUCGAAAUUCUAGCCUCGAGUCUUGCCACAUAUAUAUUUAGUUCAAUCUUUGACUACAAAAUAUAGUAUAGUUGGAAUGUGCAAAUUAUAAUGUAUUCUGUACUCAUAGGUAUUAUGAUUAUUGUACCAUUCCAAUGACAAACUCAUUGCCCGCUGCGCGUCAUGGUGACUCCUAUUAUUAUUUGUGAUUUAAAUUUUUUUUUUAGUUUACUCGCUAUAAAGAAUUGUAAAAUAAGUUUAAAGUACAGUUAAAGAAAAACCAGCAAACAAGAAGGUGGCUGGAGAAACCGGUGGAUAACGGGAUAAAUAACACGUAAGUUAGAUAACAUCUAUUUAAUCUUCAUAAUUAUUUAAAUUUUGUUUGCAAGUAAAUAUUAUCAAUUAUUUAUUUUAUUACCUUAAAUAUUCUCGUAGUGCAUCUAUUUUUAAAUUUUAUUGAAUGCAACCUACAAAUGAUGCAUGAUUUGAAAUUAAAACUUUGAAAAGCAUUUUCCAUCGCCGUGUAAUAUAUGUCCAGUUUUUUAUUAAUAAAGCGUUAAUAUUAUAUAUAAGUAUAAAAUGCUAUAUUUUAAAUAUCAUGAAUGUGUAAAAUCAAUACCUAACGUUUUUCAGAAUUUCAAAUACACAGCCGUUACCAAUUCGAACAUUCCAAAACCCUCAAAAAACCACAUCAUUAUCAGAUUAUGAAGAUGAAUAAUAUCUGAUCACGGAAUUAUUGAACACGACACAGCCCAAAAGUUAUCCACGUAAGACGGAAAAUAUUUUUUUUACGUUUUUAAAAAAUGUACAACUUUACACCAUCAAUUUUUUGAAAAUGAUAUUUCAAAUUUAUUUUAAGAUAGUACAUACACAUGUAAAUGUAUUUUAGCUCGAGUGGACACUUACCAUUAAAAAAAUUAAUGUUUUAUUUAAUUAUCGCAUUAUAGUAUGAUUUAUACCAAUUAUUAUCCCGUGAUAUUAUUAUAUUUUAUGAAUAUAACUCAUAAUGUAUUACUUUAUAUUAUCUUGUUGCGAUUGGAAAGAGUAGUAAAUUUUGACAUUCGUUUAAAAAUAAUAAUUAGUUUAUUUUGAAUUAUUACCAGAUAAUCCAUUUUAGUGGGUAAACUCAUUAUCUCGGAAAAUAUUAAUUUUUUCCAGAAUUUGUUUUCUAAAACAUUUAAAAAACAAGCUGUUCUACAAUUUUAUAUUUAUGUCAUUUUUUUGUCCUUAUUUUAGGGGGUUAAAACAACCACUAAUUACUUUUAAUUUUCAAAUGGAAACCUGUACAAAAAUUUUAUAAAUAGAAGGAGUAUUAGUUCAUAAAAUAAUUAGAGUAAUAUUUAAAACAAAUUUAAGUUUUAAUAUUUUUGAUUUCCGUCAAUCCGUUGACGAGAUAUUUCACUUUUAAGUUUGAGUUGGGGAAGAUUAAUGGAGUAUAAUUUGUGUGGCGGUACGGCGUGCGGCGUGUUAAUAAUGUCAACCACUUUCCUCCAACCAUAAAACUAAAAGUGGAAUAUCUCGUCAACGGUUUGACAGAAAUCAAAAAUUGCAACAUUCUAAUUUAUCUUAACUAUAACUCCAUCUAUUUAUGGAAUUUUUAAUAUAGGUUGCCAUUUGAAAAUCAAAAGUAGAUAGUGGUUUUACUCCCAAAAAUAAGGAUGACAAAAAAGAACACAAAAUUGUAGAGCUGCUUGUUGUUUAAACGUUCUAAAACAAUGGUUCUCAAUAUUUUUAAGACCAAAGUCAGAACCCUUUAUCACUUUUUCAAAAAGUAGAUUAUGAAAACAGCUGGGAAAAUCAAAAACCUACCUCCCUAAAGUAUACCAUCCCAGUCGGAUUUUUUUGCAAAAAAAAAAAUCGAAGCGAAAUUGCCGGUAGAUAAGUUGUUCACAGCUAAAAAAGAAAAAGAGCUGAUACUGGGGAUGGGAAUGACCACUGUUAUAGAUGAGUAGUUGGGAAGGUAGAAUACAUAAAAUGAUUCAUUUAUAUCUGUAAGUAACGAUAAACCAUUACUUGACGAAAGACGAUUUCUGAGCGCAGUUCCAUAAAACAUAAUUUUUGCAAUUUUCGUUUAAAUUUGAUUUCAAAACGUUUAUUAAAAAAAAUAAGUCAUCCGAUGAUUUUGGAAUUUUACCACCACGUCUGAGUAAAUCCAAUAUAAGUAUUAUCACCAAGUUUUAAGUAUCUAAGUGCAUUUAUAACCCAUUUACCGCAAAAAACUACCAAAAAUUAAAAUUCCUUAAAAGCUCAAAAGUGGCUGGUAAAAGUUUUGGUAAUAAUACAGUAAGAAAGUAAAUCAAAGAGACGACAAAAAAGGUAUCCUGUGAUUUUUCGAUUAAAUCAUUUUUUCUUUAUUAAAUAAAUAAAAGACUAAUAAAAUGUAUAACCACAGGAUAAAUUAAGUCAAUAACAGACAAGUAAGCAAAUAGCGGCUCCCGGGUGGCUGGAAUAUAUAUGUAAGCGCAUUAUCAGUUCAAUAAAUAAUUAUGGGACUAUUGGGACUGUUUUUAUUACUUGUCGAACCAAAAUCGGUCCUCUUGUCGAUUCGAUAAGACAUUAUUUUUGGCUUGUUUUUUAAAUAUUCUUUAAAAUAAAUUUCGAAAAAAAAUUAAUACUUUCCGAGAUAAUGAGUGUCUUAUGAUAGAUUGAUAAUCCCGUAUAAUAGAUUCUAUUUUAUUAAACUUUUAAAUUGACAUUCCAUUAAUAUUAAUAAUGCGUAAGUUUGAAUAUGUAUAGACUUUUGAAGGUAUUAAGUUCAUUGUCAACUUAUACAAGACCAGAAUUUUACUUUGAAAUGCCAUAAAUUUGUUCAAUUUUCUAAUAUAAUAUGAACAAAGUAAAAUACACAAUUCAUUGAAACAAUUUAAUUGAAAUUAAUUAUUUCCCAUACUCUCUUGUCGUGUUGCAUACAUUUGAACGAAUUGAAUUUGUUUUAGCGUAAAAUCGUUAUUUUGCACAAACAAAAUUUUGAUUUUGUUUUGCUCGGGAGCACGACACUUGGCCUAUAAACUAUUGUAAUGAUAGGUUAUUUAAGCUAUCAUACAUAAUUUAAAAUAAAAUAUUAUGUAAUGUAAGAAAUAAAUCAAACAAUUAAUACCGGGAACGAAAAUUAAACAUAUACAUCCAAUUCCAUUUUUUUUUUUUGUCAAAUAACAUAUAUUUUAAUGCGAUAUUUACUCAUCGUAAGGAUAUGAUACUUAAGCUAUCAUAUAUAAUUAAAAUAAAAUGUAUAAUCAAUAUUGUAAAAUAAUUAUAAUAAUUUAUAGCCAUUAAGUAUUAGAUUAAGUUGUUAGUAUUAACCAGAUUAAAAUAACACAUUUACACACGCACACACACAUAGAUCUCCAGUUAUCAGGAGGCCGGCCACUUCUAAUCACACACACAGUGUAUGUAUUGUUCCCGUUGCUUUUGAACAGAUGAUCACAAGCUAGUGUAAAAGACUACGCAGAGAUUCUUACAAAAACACGGGAAACUAGAACAGUGUUUUAUAUUUAAAAAAAUUAAUAAAAAAAAAAACAGUUGUUACAUUAAAAUCUUUUUAUUUACUUCGGUCACCUUUAUCAAAUUCAGCAGAUCAAUUUGCCGCCUGAAGAAGAAAGGUAAUCAAAUUUAUAAUUAACUUACACGUGUGAAUCAAUUUUAUAUAAUUAGGCUGGCCCCUAUAUUUUUGAUUACUACACUAUACCAGGCUUUACCCUAUGCUAGCGAUGGGAGUUUAAAUGGCUUUUUUAACAUUUUGAUCAUUAUAGGGAUAUCCUUUUUAAUCUCAUAUAGGCAACAUUUUUGAUUUUACAUACAUACAGAGUAUAACACGUUCUGUCGACAAAGCUAUUUCUUAAAACCCGAUCCGCUUUAGACGUAAGAUAUACUAAAUAUUGUUAAAACCUCAAAACUGCACCCACAACAGGCCGAGAAAAAAUAUUUAUAAUCUAAGUGAGUACUCACUACUCACUUUGUGGGCUGUAUUACAUUUUUGGUUUUAUGCAAAAGUCCAAUUUUAUUCAUCAAAUAUAUAAAUCGAAAUGUCGUACAAAAAAAAAACAUUUCAUUUUAAUAGCCUCUUUUACACCCACUGUGGAAACGCUGUAAUGUUACAGCGUAGGUCAUGUUUGUUAUUAUAUAUUUAUUAUUCACAUAAAGUCUAGGUAAAUUAUGGAUAUUGAUCGUCGCACUAUAAUAAUAUAAACUAAGUUAAGCAAAGGGUCAAACCGCUAAAAAUACCGCGAUAGGUUUGUAUAAUACGCAUAAGUAUAAAUGUCGUUGGAAUAUUUGGUAUUCCAUCAGUCUUUUGUUCUUAUUACACGGUCAAUGUUUUUUUAUGCAUAAAAUAAAAUAAAUUAUUAGAUUGUAAAUAUUAUUAUUAUAAUUAUUGUUAAAACUGUAUUGUCUCGGUGUUUGGUUCACUACGCAACUCUACUACUACAACACUACUAACUACAGAAUAAACUGUUAAGUGGGUAAUUGUAUUUUGAUAUGUUUUAAAAUUGUAUAUUUUUCUGAAAAUUUCAGAGGCGUGUUCACAGGGAGGAAGAUGAUGAUGUAUCUCUCCCUUUACUUUUAUUUUUAUAUUCUGAACGUAGGGAGGAAAUUGUUAGUUUUAAUAUAACGUGUGUUUUUUUUUUCUAUCUUUAACAUUUUCUAUCAUAAAUCUUGAUCCAAUCAAAAAAUGACGAAAGCUUUUUGUAGCAUGUGUUAUCUGUUUGAUGAAUUGAUUCAUUUAUUUUCCUUAUAAUUUGAAAAAAUUGGAAAAACGUGGGAAAAGCGGAAAGUUUAUGGCAAAUCCAUUGUCAUAACUUUUUUUUUUUGUAACUAGGUUAAAUACAUUCUUGCAACUUUUGAGUUAUUUAUAGUCCAAUAGGCAUUCAAUAUUUUUAAUUUUCUUUAGUUCUUUUGUUUUAUGCGGAUCAAAUUGUUUUAUCCGAAUAAAAAUGGUUGACGACUUGACGAGAAACUUUACUUAUAAUUUUAAUAAGUUUAAACAAAAGGUCAAUAAAAAAAAAAUAGUACUUAAAUAAUAUAACUAUAAAAUAUACUUUUUAAAUUUGAGAUUCUGAAUGGAACAAAGAAUGUAUUGGUUUUACAAAGAUGUUUAUUUUUGUAUUAUAUUUUUGUGUGAACUUUUUUUUUACCAGAAAGCUUAUUUCGAUGUAUAUAAUGUAGAUCGUUUUCUAAAAGGAAAUUUUCUUGGGGUGGUACUUUAAGGAAGUAAUUUUUUGAUUUUUCCAAGAGUUUUCUCAGUAAAUAAAAAACCGGGAUAAUUUUCUUUCAGAAAAGUGUCUACGUUGUAUACAUCAAAGUAAGCUUUCUGGUAGAAAAAGAGUUCACAUAAAAAUAUAAUAAAAAAAUUAAACAUCUUUGUAAAACUAAUACAUUCCUCGUUCCGUUUAGAAUGUAAAAUAAUUAGCUGAACAAUUGAAAAUAUAUUUAUACAACUAAGAUAAAUUUGAUAAUCUUUGAUUUAGAAUGGAUAUACCCACCUAAGCAGGUGGACUAAAUAACAAUAAUAAUAAAAUAUAUUAUACAAAACAAUACUGCCAACAACCUUGAAUUGUGAUGCCGGCGAAUGAAGGGAAACCGGUGUUAGUGGGAAAAAUAAAAAAUAAAAAUGUAACUAAGUGCAAAUAUAAUAUCAACUCAUUGGUUCAAAUGGUGGGAGCAUAAACAUUUACAUUGGUCAUAAUAAUUAUUUUACCGGGUGUCCUACAGUGUUAUCCGAAUGCUAAUAAUUCUGUCAAUAUUCUUUGUUGUUUUUUUACAAUCGAGUUUCGAUUCAGGGGACCUAAAUGUAGAGAAAAAUAUAUUUUUUAUUUUCAUCUCUUAAUCACUGAAAAAAAUGACUUUUUAUUUGUUUAAUUUUUUAAAUUGUCAAAAUAGCCAAUUUGUAAAAUAUAUUAAUAUAAUGGUAGACAUUGUAUCAUACAUUCGAUGAAUAGUUACUUAGUUAUAGUGGCUUUAGUGUACAGAAAAUAAGCUUGAAAACAAUUAAUAUUCAAUAGAAAAUAAGGAUUUAUCGUGCUGAUUGUGAUGACUUAUCGUGUAACGUAUUAUUCUAUUAGAAAUUAAUUGUUUCCACGCCAAUUUUCUAGAAAUUAAAACGCAUAUAUUAUUAACGUUAAUAGAAACUAUAGAUCGAAUAUGUAAGUAUGGUACAUUAAAAUGUUUUGAAUAAUAUAUUUAACAAAUUCGCUUUUUUGAAAAUUUUAAACAGUGACAAAAAUAAAAAAUUACUUUUUUCAGUGAUUGAGAGACGAAAAUAAAAAUUUAAUUUUGCUGUAUAUUUGUGUUCCCCUGACACAAAAUCCGAUUGGAAAAUAUUAAAAAAAAAAAAGUAAAUUGACUGAGUUAUUAUAGCAUUCGGAUAACAAUUUAGGACACCCUGUAUACAAAUACGCAAUUAUAUGGUGACCGCAAGUACUAACAGUAUUCAUCGUGUUAAGUUAGUCAUCAUGCCGAUUCUUGUAUACACUUAUUUCUGGUUACGGAAGCGUCGAAGCUAAAGUGGAGGGAGGCCAUCCUAUCGGGUAGAGAUUUUAGGACCUAGGUGGCCGACCCCAACUGUAUAGAUAGUCGGGAAAAGAGGCGAAAAAGAAGAAGACAACUGAUGUCUGUGGUGUCUAUGCCUAUUCGUUGUAUGUACCGUAAAUUACUUCUUUGCCGUAUUCUCUUAAGUAUAUUAUAGAACAAAUGUAAAACUAAAUGUAUUUGUUGUAUUUAAAUAUUUUAUACGAAUGAUAUGUUUAUGUAUUCGCGACCUUAUACUAGUACCUACACUCACCGACUCAUCGCUUCGGUCGCAUAUACCUACUGAACAGUUUGGUAGGUACCUAUUGCUUAUAUUUUGUUUUCCUCGUUUGUUAGCUUACAACAAUAUCAAAAAUCAGUUAUUUGCAAUUCAUUUAAAAUAUACAUCAUUUCGAAUAUUAUUAUGUUUAAAAAAAAUACGUGCAAUUUUAUUUUAUUCUAAAUUACCCAUCGAUAAUAAUAUUUUUUUUUUAUUAAUAUAAUUAUGUUUGUUUUUUUUUUUUUAUUUAACAAUAUACAUUAUAUUAACGUGAACGCAAAAUGAUACUUAAAAACUUGAGAUAUUUAAAAGUUUGGUCAGAAAAAAUAACAAAACGAUAUUCACUUUCAAUCGAAUACAACAGUAUACAAGUUAAUCAAACAUAUUGAUUUAUUAUUAAUAAAAUAAUAAAGUAAAAACAAAAUUAUUAAAACGGUUAAUACUCGUAAAUAAAUAAAAUAAAUAAAUAUAGUAAAUAUAGUAUUUAUUUACUUUAUUGAUUUAUUAUUGACAUGUUAUACGAUAAUAUUUUCUUUAAGUUUAAAAAUAACCUAAUAUUCAUCGUAGAUAAAAAAUGAAUACCUAUAAUAUAUAAUUGUGUGUAUUCAUAAAUCACUUUUUUUAUUUUUUGUUUUUCAUAGAGAUAAACAGCCAUCGAUCAUGAAUAACGUCCGAUUAAACACGGGAACAUUAUACUGUAUGAUCGCUAUAUUGUUAGUAACAAACACUUUAGCCCAACAAACUUAUAAUAAUAGAACUAGCACUGCAGGUAUUAAUGGUAAAACAAACAGUAAGUAUAAUAAAAGUUCUUGAUAAAUAAAUAAACUAUGCAUGCAAAAUAUAUAGGUAUAUAAUAUAGAUAAGUUAUAAAGUUUUCCGCAAAAAUAUAUUUAUAAAUCGAGUUUGAAUUCAUUUGAAUUUUCUAAUUUAUACUAACUAAAAUCUCAUUGAAAUUCUGUUUAAAGUUAAACUGUUACUGUUCAUAAACGUACGAAAUGUAAAAUAUGUGACGAAUGUAUAGGGUUUAAUUAUUGUACGUCGUAUUCACUGGAUUAUUCCAAUGAAUCAUUUGACAAAAAAAAAAAAAAAUAAUAAAAAAUUAGAAUAACAAUAAUAAAUAAAAAAUUAUAUAACGUAGGUAUUGUUUUCAGAAGUUUCCAGUAAAAAUGUUCAAAAAAAAAGUUCAAAUGACUAAAUGAAAUCGACUGUACUUAUACCUAAUCACCAGUAGCAUAAAAGCAGGUGAUUAUUUACCUAGCCCCAAUGAGUGGCAGCGCGAAGAAAGUAUAAUCAAAUCACGUGAUUUACAAAAAACCGGAUGGGUGCGUCGUGGGUGCUGGGUGUUCAGUAAUUUUAUAUAACAAAAAUCAUUGUUUUUUUUUUUUUAAAGCCAUUAAAAGAAUUUCAGACUGUAGAAAUUUGAUGAAUUUGACGAAUUUUAUUGAAAUUUAACAAAUUACAAUACAUUUGUGGUAGGGUGGGAGAAUUUUUGAAUUGGGGUGGGUGGAAAAUUGUAUCGGUGAUACAUGGUAAAAAUACUUCGAGUUACCACUGGCCCCAAUAGUUUGUAACGGAAGGUAGUGUUUUACGCUUAUAGUUUGAGAAUUAACGAUAAUGUAAUUGAUUUUUUUUUUAUAUAAUUUAAUAUUAUAACAAAAUAAAUUAUUGAAUAAUACCUAAUACUUAUAGUUAAUUAUAUAAAACUAUGAUAAAAUAUUUACAACAUUGAAUAUACCUGAGUAGAUGUAUUAAUGUUGUUGAUUAUAUUUUUAUUUUUUUUUUUAAAUAUAAUUGUUUGCGAACCCGUCCAUCCGUCUCAAUAGAAAUAACAUUAAUAUGGGGAUGCUAAAAAAGAAAAUGUAAAAAGUAGAGGCGCUCCGUUCCAUUGCGUCCCCCCCCCCUAAUUCAAGCACUGGCUUUUAUGAAAAUGUAGAAUUUUGUCGCGGUAGAGGCAGCUACUGUGAGGCAUCACUGCCUUCUCGGUCUCUAUAAAUAAGAUGUAAGCAGAGGUGGAUUUUGGAAAUUUAUAAAUAUAUAUAUAUUUAUACAGAGUGAUCAAUCUAUCAUAAGACACUAUCAUGUCGGAAAGUAUUAACUUUUUCGACGUUUGUUUUAUAGACAAUUUUAGAAACAAACAGCUCUGCAAUUUUACAUUUAUGUUAUUUUUUUGUCGCCAUAAUUUUUGAAGGUGAAAAUGGUAUCGACUUUUGAUUUUCAAAUAGCAACCUAUAUUCAAAAUUCCAUAAAUAGAUGGAGUAGUAGUUAAAUAAAUUUUGGUGUUUAAAUCUGUAAUUUCCCUCGAUCCGUAUACGAGAUAUCCCAUUUUUAAAUUUGGGUCGGAGAAGAGUAGUGGUACAUUCUUAAAACACCGCGCUCUGUGCCACCACACAAAUGAUGCUCUACUACUCUCCCCCGACCCAAACUUAAAAUGCAAUGUCUUGUCUAUGGAUUGACGGAAAUUUGAAAUUUAAACAACAAAAUUUAUUUUAACUACUACUCCAUCUAUUUAUGGCAUUUUAAUGAAGGUUGCCAUUUGACAAAAAUUUGACAGAAAUUAAUGUGAUGUUAAAUUUUAGAACGGCUAGUACCAUAACUGUUCUUUAAAACAAAUUUCAAAAACACUUUCCGGGCUAAUGAAUGUCUUACGAUAGAUCGAUCACCUCGCACACUCGUAUAUGUCUGACGUGUAAAUAUAGUGUAGAAAAAACCCACAACGCGUCGUGUCGUCACAAUAUGUCAUUUUUGUGUUUUCGUUUACUGUCAUCAAUCAUUUACGUGCAAUUAUAACUGGCAUAUUGCGUACCUGUGUUGCGCGUGCGUAAUUUACGAAUUUGAAUCUAUUUAAUCAUUAAUAAUUACAAUUGUAUUUAAUAUAUGAAUAGCACGAUGCAAAGCCCAUGAGUUCGCGUGCGCAAAUAGCGCAGACACCAUAUGCAUUUCAAAGUAUGAGGUUUGCGAUACAUUUACCCACUGUGACAACGGAUACGAUGAAAAUCCCACCAUGUGUCAGGUACGACUGGUGCCUAAAUGAGGGGCGAUUAUCUUAAUUAAUAUAUUUGCUGGCGUGAUCGCGCUUUUUUAAGUUCUUAAUCCUUUUUGAUUUUACACCAAUCAAAAUCAUAACAAUAUUGCCAUGUUGUGCUGAAAGUAUAAUCAAUACCUAACGUACGUAAUUCAAGUCCAUUUUUUGUUCAGAUUUUAAGCACAGUGAAGAACCUAUAUAGGUAAUAAUAGUUUUUCUUUUCUAUUUAGUCGAAAAAAUCCAAUUUACAAGGUAUACAUUUAUAUAUAGGUUAAAUAAAAUAGGUAGGACAUACAUUUGGGCAAUUUAAAUGAUAUUUAUACAGUUAUUUUUAAUUUUCAAUUAAAAUAUAAUAUAUAGAUAAUGGUAAUAAUACAUAAUUCUAACACAAAUAGUGUAGAAGAAACGAAUAAUUAUCAAUAUUUAAAGUUUUUCUUGUAUCUCUUCCGGUAUACAAACCAAAUUAUAACUACACAGUGCGAAUUAAGUCAGAGUUUCUUUUACUCGGUAUUGUAUAAUAUAAUAAGUAGGUUAUGACGAUUCGCGGUGACAAUACGACUGCGGUGUAAUAUAAAAUAAAACCGUAUCAAACUUAAAAAUGUUUUGCGUUUGUUUUUUGUAGACACGUGUUUGUGAGCCGACGAUUGAACACAAAUGCGCGAAUGGACAAUGCAUCAGCACGAUCCGCGGUUCUCUAGAUAACCGAAAUACCUCCCAACCGUUUUCGCAUCCAAAUAAUCUUAAAAGGGUUGCCUGCGACGGUCGUCUAGACUGUAAUGACGGAAGUGACGAAGCCCCCAGUUUAUGUAGUGACGUAUGAAUCAAUUUUAUUUUUUUAAACUUUUUGGUAUGCCGUGGGUCCUGAGGGUCGUGGGUCGUUAGGUUAUUUAUAGGUAUUUGAUAUUUUCGUGAUUCAAUGAAUAUAUAUAUAUAUUUGUAGAUGAUAGGUAUCUGUAAUACAAAUUACAUGAUUUCAGAGAAAUACUUAGAAAUUUAACACAAGGUACAUUAUAAAUCAUACUUAGUGAUAUAAAAAACAAAUUUGAACAUUAGUUUUUUUCUUUUCAAUUUUCUUAUUUAAACAGAUAAAUGUGUCUUGUUGUGUUAUCUUGUUAUGUGUCUUGUUAUGUUAUAAAUAUGUCUUGUUACGUAUCUCAUUAUGUUUUGUUUUCAUAUUUUUGUUAAAUAAGUAAAAAAUACGAAAAGAUAAAGAAAACAUAAUCAAAUCGUGCAAUCGCCGUUUUUUGGCACUGCACUUAUUCAUUUAAUACCAACAAAAAUUACUAAUCGUUCCAAAACGAUAAUAGAUUUAAUGUAUAAGAUUCCGUGUACAACGAAAAAGCUAUUAUUAGUUGUACAAAAAUGUGUUAUUUUUUCUUGGAAAUAACUUUUACAAUUAUUAAAAAUUAUUAGAUUUUUGGAUAUCCUUGGUAAUACCCGGGGGGGAGGGAAUAAAACACCGCUAUUAGCUAAUAGCACUCCACUCUUCAGAAUCGUUUUACGUCCACAACAAUUUUUCUUGUUGCGUACCGCAGUAUAUUAAAUGCCAAUAUAAACUCAUGUCUCAUAAUUACCCGGUACGUAUAUUAUACCCUACCUUUUCAACGAUCCGCCUAUAUUAUACAACAGUGGCGCAAAGUGUGGCCAGGUUUUUAAUAACUCGGACGUACAUUUUUUAAUUUUUAUUAUUAUUAUUUCAUUAAUAAUAACGAAACGAAAAUGUUAUUUUUCGCAUGCGUAAAUUGUAUUUUUAAAAUGUAUUAGCUUUAUUUCGAUUAUCGUAAAAUCAAUAACGUUUUUCAGAAUUUUACCAAACACUCGCAACAUACUGCCACUAACGUUUCAAUGAGACCCCCGGAAAUACAUAAUGCGUAUCCUGCGCCGAAACCACCGCCGGAAUCGUAUUAUUACGACAACGGAAAUUCUUCAGUCGUCACGCCACAGAUCAACACCAAUGUGUCGUGUUGCAAUAACAGUACGAAACGUUUGAGUUUUCAGACCAGCACGACAAAACCAUUUUACCCGACUACCACGAUGAAAUCGGUUUUUCAGACAGCCGUCACCGUUACGACGCCGCUGUCGCCAGGAAAAAAUGCAUAUGUUCCGACCACCAUCACCACCACUAACACACAAAGGUCCGGAAUAAGAAUAUUUUAGUCAUUAAAAAAAAUAAAUAAAUAAAUAAAUAUUACUUAUAGUACUUAUAAACUUAUUUAUUGUCGAAUUUUUCCCGAAAUCAUUAACUGUUGUACUGUAUUAUUCUCCCACUACUGUUGGACAUUUCUAUUUUCUAGCAGUUCCCUCUGCACCGAAUGAGCCCAAAAACGGGAAUUAUAGAGUGGUUUUUUACGGACGUGGAUUGAAGUGAUAAAAGCCGGAAUGAAUUUCAUUAUAAGUUUAACCAUAUUUCGCGGGAAGAUUGUGUUUGUUUAGCCUUGUACGCCACUACAGACCCUUCCCUCCCGAAUGAAGCUGGGUGAAUGCGAUUUUGUGUACAAUAUGCAUAGCGCUAUACUCGUCAUAGUAUCGAGGAUGUUAUCUUUUGAGGUUUCAAACUGCCACCCUUACCGUUUUUAUGACCAAAUUUUAUGAUAUAUUAUUACCAUAUUUUAUGAUUUUCCAAGUAACAUAAUUAUUAACUAUUGUGAUAGGUACAGUGCAAUAUAAUUGUUGACAAAUAAGUGUAAUGUCAUGGUAUUUGAUUAUUUUUGUUUGAAACACAAGUUCUGUAAUAUAAAAAUAGGUUCGAGAAAAAUGACUCUAACGACGGAGAUGCUCACGGGUAUUUUCUAUUUAUAUUUUGUUUUUUUUUAUAACAACUCGUACAACACAUUUUUCUUUUAAUCUACACUGAGACGAUACAGAAACCUUUCCGGUUUCGAGUGCAUCGUAUCAGGCCCAUAUUCACGGGGAGCUGGUGCAAUAUCUUUAUUAAUCAAUAUCAAUGUUCUUACAUUGCCCCAUUGACCCGUUAUUCGCUCCCCUAAAAUUUUUAUCGGAAGACGGAUAUUUUCGAAUUAAUCGUUUUAUUAGAAAAAAUAAUAUAAGAUAGUAAAGUCAUAUAAUAUUGUUUUUUCUAUUGCCUCCCCUGAUGAAUUGAUCUGACUAUGGGCUUGCACCGUAAACCACUUUCUUUAAAUAAUAUUAUAGUUCGAAAAAUAACCGCAAUAAUUUAUAAUGUUAAAUGGUACGUUGUGAACUCGUUGCCAAAUACAAAAACAUUGAAUAAUUUACAAUUUUACUGUUUUAUAAUCAUUUAAUAAUUGUUUAUAAUUUUAAAAUAUACAGGUAUUGUAGGUAACAUUGUAUAAUAUAUUUUUAUUUUAAAGGAUUGUCAAAUGCAUAGUGCCGGCAAACGAGGGUUCAAGGUAUUAUUCCCAAAACGAAAAGGGCGACGAGCUACCAUUAUUUGUUGGAACCGAAGUCGAUAAAUAUGAAGUUAUUUACGAAACCUGCGAAAAAGGGUAUCACAAAGUCGCGCCGUUCAAACACAUGAUAUGUGAUAAAACUGGGAAGUGGAAUCCGUUAAUUUCACAAAAACUAUGUUUGAGUUAGUAUUAUAUUAUAUUCGAAUUUGUAUUGUUUAAUUCGUUUGACCGGUGAAUUUGUGUGUUUUGUUACGUACAAUUGUUUUAUGUAGGCAUGUACACAAAUAUUAUAGCGUAUCGUAGGUAUCAUUGGCGGCAUUUGGGAGGCGAGACAGCAUUAGGGUGAAAUUGUAUCACAAAAAUUCUUGUAAGGGACAAAUGUAUCAUCAUUUUACACCCACAGGCAACAGACAGGUAUAUUAAAAUAAAGUGAAACAUAUUAUGGUUAUCACCAUUAUUAUAUUAUACGAAUUACGUAAAUUUACUAUAAUUUAAAGACAGAUGUGGGCUGUCUAUAGGGCGGAAAUAUCGGGUCGGUGAAAAUCCGGGCGGCUUAAAUCAAUUUGGUUCGAUGAAUUACAAUCGAUCAAACGUAAAAGUUUUUGUGUUUACUAUUCAGAUAUAGAAAUAAUAUAUUUAAUUUAAAACCGCCGAAUAAUCGUUUUUAUUACCAAUAUAGUAAUGUUUUUCGUCUUGAUAUUCAACAUUUCGGGCCGAAUAUUCUAUUUCUCCGGGUCCAAAUUUUACUCCUCUAAUCAGGGGGUUUAGUAAAGCUUCGAUUGAAUUGCUCAUCGAAAAGAAUACUGGUUCUGUAGUAGGCAUACCCUAUAUAAACCGGAAAAACAAAACAAGUGUCCGCGUUAUAAUAUACUCAGACGCACAAUUAAUUGAAUACAUUAAAUUUGAAUAUUUAACCACGAUGAUUUUAUAGAAAAAUGUCCGCCCGUGAAGUCAGCGAGUUUAAAUAUCACUUGCACAUUCAAUAAUGAAAACUUCGAUUGUUCGACUCCAGCAAUACCCGGAACGCGGCUAAAACCGAAAUGUAAUUAUUUGCAUAGUUUGCCCAACGGAAUAAAAGAGCCUGAAAUCGAAUUGCGCUGCCUUUCCAACGGCGAAUGGGACGGUCAACUAUACGAGUGUUUACCGAGUAAUAAUAUUUUAUCGUUUCAUUUAAUAUACAUUUUAUUUAUAAGUAAUUCGACCAAUAAAACGUAUAGAUAGCUAUUGGAAAACGAACGGCGUUGCAUACAUGCAUAUUAGACGCGAAUUUUUUAUAUAAACGGACGAGUGGGGAUGAUAAAACCCAUGAGAGGUAGUUGUGAGAUGAGAGACGAUUUCCGGAAUAACGAGUGACAUAGCCAUUUAAAGAUAGGCGGGGAAUAUGGUGAUAAAUAAUAAAAGGCCGAAUUUUGAAUGGGCAAUAAUAGGUAUACAUGUUUUCAAAUCGAAACGAGUGUAUACCUACGCGUAUAGUUCUACAAAGUUAAAAAUAUCUUACUGAAUUUUCCAGCGAAACAAUAAUAAUUCAAUUUGUCUUCGGUUUGUUACACAUAACGAUAUUUGUCAACAGCAAAUCAAAUACUUACUUAUCUAUUUUAGUCCGUAAACUUUUAACGUUGACUUUUGACUCGUUUUAGAUCCUGAGCGGGGCGAGGAAUACGAGUUGAUUUUACUAUGAUGUUUAUUUUUUUUUAUUUGUGAAAUACUUUUCUACCAGCUAUUUUGCUUUUGAUUAUAGCGCUUUUUCUGAAAGAAAAUCUGACUAACGUGGUACUUUAAUGAAACCAUUUUUUGAUUUCUUCCAAUAAUAUUCCCAAUAAAUGGGAAAAACUGGGAAUAAAAACGUAAGAAAAAUGGGAAAAUUUGAACAAUAUUAAACACAUAUUAUUAAAAAAUAUAUAUAUAUAUAUAUAUAUACACAUAAUGCAUGCUUUAAAAUCAUAUUUUACUAUAAUAUAACAUAUAUAUUGUUGACAAGGCAACACUAUUAACUCCGCUCAGAAUCGUUUUUCGUUGGCAACAGUUAUACAUUAAAUUUCCCUUUUACCUUUCCAACUUCAACGCCUACAACAGUUGCCCUCCCAUUAUGUGAAGUAUGUCUAUAUCCUUAUCCUUUUUUUUUUUUUUUCUCUGUAGCUUGUGGUCGGUCGUUACAACACAACAGCAUUACGAACUCUUCCGAUACUACCUUAGCAGUGCCUUGGAACGUCGCCAUAUAUAUGCAAAGCACUAACGAUACUAGCGAGUUAUUGUGUGGCGGAACGUUGAUUGCUUCGAAUUUGGUAGUUUCCGGUAAGUAAUAUUAGGCAAGAUUUUCGUUUAACAUCCAUGCAGUAAUAAUUUAAUUGCAUAGCGUUGAAGCUGUUUGUUUCACCAGGAUACAUUUUAUCCUACGAAUGAUGGUACAUCGUGGUUUUAAUAUUAUUUAGUAGGUUAUCUAAUUAAGUACCUAAUUAUGAUUUUAUGCUUAAACAAAACACAUACAUAAUAAGUACCGAACAGGUAUAAGCGACCGUUUAUUAUAAUAACAAAAAUGAAUAGGUAUGACGAACAAUUUAAAAAAAAAUAAAAUGCUAUUUCCUUUCGUUAGCCGCUCGUUGUUUUUGGGAAUCGGCGUCAAAGAAUCACACGUUAUUAAGUAACGGUCAACACAAAAUUACGUUUGGAAAUAAAAGAGAAUUCGUAUUGCGAAAUAACCAUACUCAGUUUAUUAACGUAAGUACUACAGGCCUUUGUAUGAAAUGUUCAUUUUUAAUAUAAACACGUUCGUGAGCACAAAAUUGAAGUAAGAUCAUAAACUAAUUCCUGUUUUAAAAAAAAACAUAUUCUUAAUGAACUUACUCAGUUCAAGUUCGUUUACAAAUGAACUUAAGUUUAUUAAAUAUGAAUUUUACUAGCUUUACAUACCUAGUCUCACUGGUUUUAAACACUUAUAAUACUUAUCACAUUAUAUGUUCUGAAGUAGCGACGCGACCGAUAUUUUUUGGGACAACUAUUCCAAACAAAAAAUUGGUGGGUGUUUGGACAGUUGUAAUUUUUUCAGUGGCAAUCGGAUACUGGAUGACUUUUGGAUGGCCAAACUAAUAAUCCAUUUCAGGGAUAGGUUGGUUGUACAAAAUGCUACUGUCCCACAAAUUAAAAUUAUUUGCGCCUCCACUGUAUCUAACCACUAUUUAAACUUUAAAUAAUUUUAAGAGGACAGUAACAUGUUUCUAAUAUAUAUAUAUAUAUAUUUCCAAUGAGCAAUGUGACAAAAUUUCGUCACUACCUAUAUUAAUUUAUAGAUUGAUAACAAAACUGCUUAAAUUAUUUUUCUAAAUUCUCAAUGCCGUUAAAAUUCGGAAUUUUAUAUCAAAUUAACGGGCCGAUUAAAGAUUAAGUUUAAUGAAAAUAUGAAUUUUAACUAAAACAAUAGUGGAUUCAAAUAAAUUAUGAACUUGAUUCUUGUUUAACCUCGAACGGAUGAACGAGUUCAUCACGCGAUCUGCCUUUAAUACCAAUAGGAAUUAUAGGUACCUAGCUAGUUUAUUUAUACACCUAUAAAUAAAUAUCAAAGGCGUACCACAAGCUAUUAAACAAUAGUUAAAGUCUCAACUCUCAAGUCUCUAAAUUAUUCUGACAGUAAAGUAUAAUUUAUAUAGAUACCUGAUAUAAUUGUAUUACAAUGAACGCCGAAUAUUAUUGAUGGCAACCAAAUUUUAAUUAUUAUUUUAAUUUUUUUUUCAAUGAAGAUUAUGCGGUAGGUACUCGGAGAGACUGCAGUAUCUACGUACUACUCUACGCACCCACUAUUGAUUUUUUUUUCUUUUUCUAGGUUUCUACCAUUUUCAUCGAAUUGGAUUAUUUGGGGCAAACCGGGAAUUACGUAAACGAUAUAGCCGUUCUCGUGCUAUCGAAGGAAGUAAGAAAUACAUACUACGGUGUUAGCCUGGUUUGCAUCGAUUGGUCCUUGCGGUACAACGUUGAAAACGGAAUCGACGGCACGGUAAAUAAUUCAUUGCAACUGCUAUAGAGCUCUGCAAAGUGCAGGGGCCUAAUAUUUUUAGGCCCAGCCCGUCCCUUCCCCCGAUUUCAAAAUUUUGGUCAAUAUUUCCGAAUCCAUAACCCCCCUGGACCCAUUGUAGCCCUACACCGUUCUUAGAAAUACAACCAGAGACCUCCCAAAUUUAAAACCGUAAAAUGAAGUUCUCCCGCCCCGACCUACUAAUUAGUUACAGAAACUAUAAAGAAAAGCUUUUUUUUUUCGUUUUCUUUACGUUGCGUCGUAAAGGAGCGACCGUUUGUCGUGAUUUUCACAUAGAGAUAUUCGUAGGACUGAGCCGUUUUUCAUGCCGGAAAAACAUCUUAUUCCUGUGGAAAACCUAACCCAUCCCUAAUUUUUUUAAAUGUAUUACCUCCAGGGGUUUUAACUUAGACUUUUAACGAAUCGCCGAUCUUGCACCUUUAGAUAAAGCUCAAUGAGAACUAUAAUAUUCUAAUUAUUCUAAUGACGAUUCAUUUUGCAAAUUUCACCCCUUUACUAACUAACGAUUUAACUAAUCGUCACUGAGACAUUUUAAAAACUCGAAUUAAAUUUAUUACAAAUAAAUUCUUUAAUAGCUAUUGGGGUAUACGUAAUCGGACUCUUGUUUUACUUUAUUUUUUAAUGAGCAGGUAUAUGCGUGGAAAAGUAUUUGGAGGAGGUGCAGUUUAUUUUUGUACCCUGUUAGUACCUACAUAUAGAUUAGGUACCAUUUUUAUCAACAUACGUGUGUGAGAAAAACAUUUCGAAGCCUGUUGGCUCAUUGAUGGGUUUCCCGAAAGUUUAUUUAGGUUUAGUUAUAACUUCUAGGGAACGCUUCUCAAAUUUCGGUAAAUUAGUUGUCCUUCGAAGUUUUUCCCGCUUUAAUCACAGUCUAAUUUAUGAAACUCAAGCCCGGCUGAAAGUGUCGGCGUAUAUGAUACUACCUAGACACUACAAAAAUAUCCUUUUACAUACGAUUUGUUUGAUAAACAUAAUAUGUUAAAUUGCAUGUGUCGUGUUCUAUAGAUUGCGGGCUGGAGACCAAACGGCAAAACAAAUGUUCUAAGUACCGACUUUUUGAACGUUACCUUACCAUACACCGACCGUUUAACGUGCCGAAAAAUGUACGAGAAUACCAACAAAUUCGACAGAUACCUAUCUAGAGAUAAAUUUUGCGCCGGUUCUCUGCAAGGUAACAAAAAAACCAACUACCCGGUUAAACCUACGAUUAAAAUUAAAAUUAUCCAUUUAUUGUUUUUCAUUUAAGUAUCCACCGCAUCAAUUAAUUUGUACCCAAAGAGUAGACAGCCGUCUACUCUUAUACACUUAUAAACUAGGUACCAACCUACCUACCUAUUUAUGGUUCUAGGUUUUUCAAUUGUUUAGAAAUUUAGACACAGCAAUAUUUGUGUUCCAGGAAAAGCUAUUUACGAAUUAGAUAGCGGCGCGGGAUUGACUUUCUACCAUGACGGUUUACAAUAUUUAACCGGUGUGAAGAGCAUCCAGGACGCGAACACCGCCGGUUCGAUCAGUACUUUUUCGGACAUCGGUACCCACAUUAAAUUCAUUCACGAUAUUUACAAAAGGUUCACAUUGUAGAUAAUAUUAAUGUCGUAAUGUAAAUAUAUCUACAGUUGUCAUGAUGUUGGAGGGAACGGCGAGAAAAGUAAAAACAAAAAUAGAAGAGUGUAAACAUUAAAAUAUUCAAAUAAAAACAUAUCAAUACAAACUAAACAACGUAU